CUGCUGUACUCCCAACAACACAAUAACAUUUGUUUUCUUUAUUAUGAACACGAAGGCGCUCGUGCUUUGCACUGUGCAGUGGUCUUUUUAAGGUCACGUGAAAACAGGAAGUGCUUUAGAUGAACUCUUAUUUAAAAAAAGAGAAAGUGAUAAGAGUAGAUAUCAGCUGACCGAACGACUCUCCUUGUGAUAGCUGGUGCCAAAGCUAGCUGUGUUGUUAGCUAGCUGAUAGUUGAACCUAAGGUUCAAGGAUAAAAGGCGAGGGAAACUAAGCACAAUGUCUAAUGUGCUGUGUGGUCAAAGCAGGGCGGUCCUGUCUCGUGCUGCUGGCUGUCGAGCUUUAGCUUCUCUCAGGGCUGGAACAACCAGAACCUUCUCUGCUGCGAGCUCAGAUGAGCCUUACAUAGCGGUAUCACAUACAGACUCAGGCCCAAGGACUGUGUGGCCUGAUGAGAACAUGGGACCAUUUGGACCUCAGGACCAGCGCUUCCAGUUGCCUGGUAACGCUGGGUUUGACUGCCACCUGGAGGGCAUGGAGGACCAAAAGAAGGCUCCGGUUCACAAGACAGUGCCUGAUGUGCUGACGGUUCCAAGCAGCACAGAGAGACACCAGUUCAUACUGGCCCAGUUUGUCAACGAGUUCCAUGGAAAGCUGGGGCCUAUUUCCACGAGAGUAAGCAAAGCUGAGCAGUACUUUAAUCAGACAGAAACAGACUGUGCCAUAAACUCCUGCCCAGAGCUGCUGAGGAAAGAUCUGGAGCAGUUGUUUCCUUCGGCGCCCACAGUUUCCAUCACAGUGGUGACGGUCACGCAGACGAGCGGUCGGUCAGAGGACAAGGAGACAGAGCUGGAUAGAGACCAGCUGCUAAGUAAAUUUGUGAGCGGGGCAAAGGAGAUGUGUUUCGCUCUGUGGACUGCAGGAUACUGGGCGGACUUCAUUGACCCAACAACGGGAGCAGCAUUCUUUGCGUCUCCAUUGGGCGAAACCACACUGCGAACAGACAGUGAGCUGGGACAUCGGGGCUUUCACAUCGAGGUGUCGAGCUCCUGCACAGUCAUCCGCCAUAUCCUCAGGGGGACUCCUUUGUUUGUGGGGACUAUUUUCACCAAUGCACCUGUUCAAAGUGCUGCUGUUGCUAGACUUCAAGGAUUUUCAGACGCACUCAAUGAUGAGGAAUAAACUUUUUUUUUUUUUUUUUUUAAAUA